AUGGCCGGAGGGAAGGGGGAGGCGGAUGGGGCUGGGUGGGAACCCGGGCCCUCCUGGACGGCGCCCCCAUGCCGGCUGCCGGCUCUCGUCCCAGAGGAACGUCAUCCACAGGCCAAGUACAAUGUCUUCUCCUUCCUGCCCUUGAACCUGUACCAGCAGUUCCACUGCAUGUCCAGCCUCUACUUCCUUCUCAUCAUCAUCCUCCAGGCGGGGCGGGUGGGGCAGCCCCAGGGGGGUUGGCGGGGGUGCCAGUGGCACCAGGAAGCCAGCAUCCUGCUGCAGAACCGUGCCCACGCCCUGCACCCGCUGUACGAGGAGAUGGAGCAGAACCUCCAGAAGGAGGAGGAGAGCAUCACCGUGGAGCCCAUACCCCAUGUCCUCCGGGAGGCACGGACCCGGCACUCCAGCUAUGCCUUCUCCCACCGGGAGGGCUAUGCGGACCUCAUCACACAGGGCACAAUUCUGUGGAGGUCACCAGGGGUCAACAGCGACACGCUGGUUGGUCACACGAGGCCACCUGAUGAGCUGCCCUCAAGCAUGGAGGAGUCCUCCUGGUACCCCAGGAAGAUGUCGUUCCUGGGGAGGAACAGGCGCCAGCACCAGGGGCAGGUGUCCUCUGAGGAUGUUCAGCCUGCCUCUGAGGAACCGUGGCCAUAUACUCCCCAGAGUCUGCCACCAACCAAGGAGACACCACUAUCAGCGGAGGAGAGCCAGAUGACUUCUUCUGAGAGCCAGAUGCUGCCUUCAAGCCAGCUGUCUUUGAAGAGCCAGUCAGCACACUUGCAGGAGAAGACAUUCCUCUGGAAGAUCCGGAAACUGUCCUGGAAGAACUGGCCAUACACCUGGCAAAAGGAGCCGGGCCCUCCCAAGGAGGGGAUGGUGCCAGUUUCCAACUCGAACCUCACUGCUCUGAUGGAAACUCCACCACCAACUGCGAGAGGAUCAUCCACCAGCGAGCAGCCGAUGGCGGUGGAGCCCUCCCCUGUGCAGAAGCAGCCGUCGCCCAUGGAGUGGCUGCCAGGGCCCAGCGAGGGUCAAACCCCGCCUGAUCCGGCAGGGCUGCCGCCCUCACCUGAGGAACAGCAGUGA